AUAGUGUAAGGGUAAUGGCCGAAAGUGUAUGGUAAAUAAUGCGGUUGCGUUAUGGCUUUUCUUUGUCCUGUGAGAAUACGCCGCGGAAAGAAGAAGAAAACAUCAGGAGAUGCGGACAAGGACUUGGUUCGUACUCCCGGAAUGGGCCGCAUCACAGGAAGUGCCUCGAUCGAGACUUUGGUUCGAGUUGGAAUCGAAAAGGAGAAUGGCCUGGCUCCAGAUAGCAAGAUGGUUGUGCUUCACGACUUCACGCCCUGUGUCGAUGAUGAGUUAGAAGUGAAGAGAGGACAGGUGGUAAACAUCCUGUAUCGUGAAAAUGACUGGGCGUAUGUUAUUGCUGCAGACAGCCGACAGGAGGGGUUUGUGCCUCACUCGUACUGCACGCCAUAUAAUUCUCACUUGGGUGAGCUUGCAUUAAACAAUGUGAAGAAAAAGCUUCCCCGUGAACAGCAGCAGCGGACUGGAGGUGCUGGGACUGGUGGUGCAAAUGCAUCUUCAAAUAGUGGUGGAGGUGGCACCACUGGGAGCGGAGGUGCAGUAGUAGAUAAUCCUGUAGUGCCGACCAGUGAAGGAGAAGCUAUACAGGAAAGUCGGACUGGUGCUGACAUUUCAGACUGCGAGAGUUACGGGAACAAAAAAAAUACAGGUGCUACACAGCAGCUUAAUAUAACAAGCUCUCAAGCUUCACUGCAUAGUGUGUCUUCAUCACAACCAGAUGUGCAUCCAUUUUUUAAGGAUCCAUCUGGCAGAUAUAUUGUGCUCUAUACGUUCAUAGCACGUGAUGAAAAUGAUGUUAGUGUGGAACGUGGGGAAUUCGUGACCGUUUUAAAUCGAGAGGAUCCUGAUUGGUACUGGAUAGUCCGGAGCGAUGGACAGGAAGGUUUUGUGCCUAGUGGGUUUGUCUAUCCAGCCCACAUAGUACAAGGGCAUCUGAAUCAGAGUAAUAAUCAAAAUGUGAACAACAAUUUUGCAUCACAAAGCAACGCACAUCUACUUGCAUCGCAGUCAAAUGAUGACUUACGUUAUCAUGGGACCGAACUUGUAAUGCUUUACGACUACAAGGCUCAAGCUCCUGAUGACUUAUCAGUUCGACGUGGUGAUUGGAUAUAUGCAGACCUCAAUAAUCAGACAGUGGAUGGUUGGCUGUGGGCAUAUGCUCCAAAAACUCGCAAGUACGGUUUCAUACCGAAAGCAUAUGCUCGACCACCAGCUAUGACAAGUCUAUAGAAAGAAUGGUCUACAAAGAAGUUUACUCCAGCUGCCAUUAAAUUUAUUGUGUGUGUGUGUGUGUGUGUGUGUGUGUGUGUAUGUGUGUGUGAGAGAGAGAGAGAGAGAGAGAGAGAGAGAGAAGUCUUGUUAGGAAUAUGAUGAUAUACAGUUUUCACCUCACUGCUGUCUUCUCAUAUAAUUCCACUUUUUUAUCACAAUUUUGUGGUUAAUGUAUCUUGCAUAAUCUAACACUUAGUAAAAUUUCCAUUGCUGUCACUGUAAAGGUGAUGGUCCAUGGAGGAAUGUUCUGAUUGUUUUUGUCUGUGUUUUGCUGUGCAAAGUAUGAGGCUUCAAAGUAAACUCUGUACGUGAAGAAGGCAGAUGUUUGUAAUGUAGCUUAACUCCAGUAUGAAAAGUAUUGAGAUGAUGAACCAUUUGUGUGAAAUGUGCACUGUCGUUGUACAUCACCAAUUUUGACUUUACAUCAAGAUGGUUUAGUCACAAAUGUUUGUCUUUAUGCAGAUAAUGUGUGUGUGUGUCUGUGUGUGUGCGCGCGCCUGCGUGUACAUGUCAGAAUUUACUUGUACUGUUCGAUCUUUGCCUUGUAGUAGUGACCACCAGAACAUGCUUAACCCUCACAGAUAUUAAGAAUUCAUUUUGUCGUAAGUUCAUACUGGGUUGGGAUUACUAAAAAAUUAACACAUAUUCAAAAUUGUUGUCCUUUUCUUUUGUUUUAUUAACAAACUAUAAUUUUGGCUGCCACAGGAGGAGGAGUGGUGCAGGGAAACAAGCCUGCUUCCCUGCCUACAGCAGGACUAGUAUAUUCUCACAGGGAUCACCAAUCUUUUUUGGUGUUAUAAGGGUCAUAAUCAAAAUCAAUGAUGGACUAGCAUUAGUCACUCACUUAUUUCAAAAUUAAAAAAAUAAACUCAUGAGCAAUGCACAACAUAAACACUUCAGGGGCAGCUACCAUGCUAUUGCUUGUUGAGGAAUCCUGAGUAUUGUUAAUGAUGUAGAUACGGCCUGACCUCUAGCAGUAUUUGAUGCAACCACAGGUCAAAACAUCCACCACCUAAUUUGCCAUGU